AUGGGCCGUCUCAUUCCCGUGCACUCGCCCAGCUCUCCCCCGCUCAUCCGCACCAACGGCGACUGGGUUCACAUUGAUCUAGAUGUAUCAGUUCUAGAUUGCGCAGCACAGCCAACCCAUGCUGGUAAACUUCAUCUUAUCUUGCGCAUCCCAUCUUCGACAUCAUGGCAACGAUACUGCCAAUACUCUGUCUGUGUCUUAUACCGCUCUCCAUACGCUAUUUCUCCAGCUCCUCAGAUCUCUCCUUCGGCCGCAGAACUUAUAUUCUUGAUAAGCGCCUUUUUUCUUCUGAGACCUCCCGUUACCUCAAGUCUUAUCUUUGGUAUGCAGAAUACUCUAUCCAACUUGGAAAGUAUAGUCACUCAAGCUUUACAUGCAAGAGUAUUUGGCCGUCACCUCAUGAAUUUUGUAUAUCAUCUGCUGGGCAUACAACAGGAUCUUCUCGACUUUGCUGGAAGGUGCGGUCGCACCUCGUGUGGAUUAGGAGACGAGCUCGAGGACGAUAUAGAGUUAGAAUCCCAGAUGCAUGCCAACACCCCACCAUCCUAUGAGUACAGUCAUAAUGAUAUUGGGGGUUGCAGUGGAUUGUUUUUCCGUGCACCCACUCAGCUUUCCCCCGCUCAUUCGCACCAACGGUGA